AUGGAGGAGCUCGGGUUCGGAGUAACUCAUGCAUAUGGAAUAACAGAAACUCAUGGUGUAGCAACAUCUUGCUUGUGGAAGCCUGAGUGGGAUUCUUUGCCUCUUGAGAAACAACUCGCGCUUAAAGCAAGACAAGGGGUGCGACAUCUUUGUAUUGAAGAUGUUGACGUUAGACACUGUGAGACAAUGGAAAAAGUGCCACUUGAUGGAAAGACUAUUGGCGAAGUUAUGUUAAGAGGAAACACCGUAAUGAGUGAAUAUUUGAAAGAUGUUAAAGCAACCGAAGAAGCUUUUAGAGGCGGAUGGUUUCACAGUGGUGAUCUUGCUGUAAAACAUCAAGAUGGUUACAUAGAAAUUAAGGACAGGUUAAAAGACAAAAUAAUUUCAGGAGCAGUAGUUGAAGCAGCAGUAGUAGCAAGACCAGAUAAUCACUGGGGACAAACACCUUGUGCUUUCGUUAAACUGAAGGAAGGAUUCGAUGAAAUAAUUACUUCGCAGGAAAUAAUCAAAUUCUGUAGGAAUCAUUUGCCUCAUUACAUGGCGCCUGCGACAGUGAUUUUUGAAAAUUUACCAAAAACUUCAAUUGGAAAGGUACAGAAAUUCAUCUUGAGGGAGAAAGCAAAAGCUUUGGGCAGUCUUCACUAA